UAUAAAAUACAAAAAUAUAUUAUAUAUAUAUAUACAACAUUUAUAUUUAGUACAUUAUUAAUUAGCGUACAUACACUGUAAAUAAAAUGAAAUAAAACACAUAAAAAGAAGCCAAACUCGAAUUCGUAUGCGGAAGGACAGAUCUUAGCAACCAUAGGGAUUUACUUUUAAAAAAAGAGAGCGACUUUUCACUUUGAAUCUCAAGCUGUGACAACGACUGAAGUAAAUCGAAAAUAAUGUUUAAACGCCGGGCAACGUUGAAUGCAAUUCAAGGCUCAAAUGCAGAGGAAAAGCUUCCCCUGCUUUCAUGCUUCACUGUGGGCUCCACUGUCCGCUGCAAGAUUUGCUUCGACGAGGAAAUAUUGGGCGAGGUGGUGGCCUUUGAUGCUGGCACCAAAAUGCUAUUGAUAAAAGUACCCAACAAACGGGGGCUCUGCGACAUGAACAUCGUGAACCUAAACUUUUGCUUGGAUGUGGAGAUUGUCAAGGAGGUCGAGCUGUCGGAAAGUAUUCAAACUCCUACGCCCCCCGACUUACCGAAGCUGGAGAAGCGUCUGCAUGACACCAUCGAGCAGAGGGCCAAGCACCUUCUAAACUUCAAACCGAAAGUCUCGCCAAUGGGUCAGGAGCUGUAUCGCCAAGUUGCCUUUUAUUUGGGUGACUCUCAGGUGUCUUGGCUUGAAAAUGAGAAGAAAAUCUCCAUAUUGGUGAUGGAGCAGGUGAUCAUUGAGCCACCCUAUGGGGUGGCCAAUGUCAGUGGCCCGCAGGAGGCGACCAAACUUAAGCGCUAUGUCCAGUGGAUUGUGCAGCAGUUUCUGAAUAAGCCAAAAUUAAACACACUUUCCCAUAGCAACACAAGUACACACACACUCGCUGGAGCGUUGUUUAUCAACAAAACAAAUAAAAUGAGAAUCUAGUACACCCACAUGGAAAUUUCGUUAUCUGCUUGAAGGAAAACAAAAUCUGUCAUAAAUAUACUCGUACACUCGUACUUUUUAUUCGUUUGUUCUCC